CUCAAACACGCGCGGCUUGUCAUUUUCCGCAACCAUAGGAUGCAGUCAGCUGCACAACGUUUCAAAAUCAUGGGCGGAUAUGCAAAAUGCGAGCGACGGCGCAACCGGGCUUGGGAGAAGUCGAUCCUGUUGCAGGAGCUCUGGGCGUAGCAGAUCAAUCCCUUAUCCGAUCAAGACAUCUUCACUGACGUAUUCCCGUCGAUGACUGGGAACGUGAGUCAGAAUAAGCAAGCUUUUACAUACAAGAAGGUCGUCUAACUCUAGGUUCCUCAUAUACUGUUGGGGUUUUUGUAGCCGACUUAUCUUUCCCUAUUCUAUACAACAUUCAUUCGUCUCAAUCAAAAAUGUUCAAAGCCGCGCUGUUAGAGACAAUCGACGCCGACCGACAAGAUCUCGUCAGCUUCCUGCAAUCUUUGACUCGUGCAGACUCAUCUAACCCUUCAGGAGACACGAUAGCAGCAGCAUGUGUCGUUACCACAUUUUUAGCUUCCCGAGACGUGCCUGUAACACUCAUAGCACCAAAAAGCGAUGCACCAAACAUCACCAGCACGUUUCCAGCAGUGUCGCAAUCACCAGCUCAUAGCCGAUCUUCAUCUUUACACCAAUCAGAUGCGCACUCUCCCAGUCGAGUCGACUCUCCCUUCAAUGACAGCGGCAUCUCAAAACCGAAUCCUGGACCACGGCUGAUCAUGAAUGGUCACCUCGACGUCUUUCCCAUUUCCGAGUCCGAAAAGUCACGGUGGACUCAUGAUCCCUUGUCUGGAGAUGUCGAGGACAAUCGACUAUAUGGACGUGGUGUCGUCGACAUGAAAGCUGGAACCGCUGCGAUCGUCGCAGCAUAUACGUACAUCUUCGCGCAUCGACAUCUGUUAAACGGUACUGCUGUGCUUGAAGCAGUGUCGGAUGAAGAGAAUGGUGGAAAGUGGGGAAGCAAAUACCUUCUCAAUGACGAUGAUAGAAAGGAUAUCUGGUCUGGUGAUGUGAACCUCAACGCAGAGCCAACGGGAUUGCAAAGUAUACGGUUUGCUGAGAAGGGGACUUUACGGAUGACAUUCACUGUUCAGGCUAGGAGCGCGCAUGGAGCAUUUACACACCUCUCCGAAGGCGCAAUACGCAUAGGAACGAGACUAGUCACCGAGUUGGUCAAGCUCGAAAACUUCUCCAGUUUUGACGUCGAUCCGGAGAUCCGAAGGUAUCUGAGCCGCGAAGAGGUCAGAAGUACUAUUGAUGAGAUCAUGGGCGCUGGUGCUUCGAACAACAUCUUGAAGCCUACUGUCAACAUUGGAACUAUCAGCGGAGGCACCAAGGUCAAUACUAUCCCAGGAGACUGUAGAUUUGAAGUCGACAUUCGUCUGCCAAUCGGACUCGUAGCCAGGACAAUUCUCUCAGAGAUCGAUGGUAUCCUGGAGGCAUUCCCUGGCGCCGACUAUGAAGUUCAGGAAGCAGCAUCCAACCCACCAAAUUCGUGCGCGUUUGAUCAUGCUCUCACGCGAGCCAUAGCUGACAACGCCGAACACAUUCUCGGACGAAGACCUGUUGCGAUACCCUCACUGGGUGCCACGGAUGCAAAGCACUGGCGAUACAAGGGUAUUCCAGCAUACAGCUUUGGUCUCUCACCUGAGGGUAUGGCUGGAAUCGACGAAAGUGUCGAUCUUGACGACUACAUCAGUCUUGUCAAGAUACUCACCUUGGCAGCAUGGGAUUUCUUGACUGGUCCUGAGUAGAUUCCAAUGUCAAACUGUGUGUUCUGUUCAAGGACUAAGCCUGCCGAUGAAGACGAGAUUACUGAUGCACAAUCGAAACUUCUCAUAUACAUAGCUCAACAAUAUACCCCUGUCAUCUUUCUCUCGUUCCUGAGUCUCUCGAGUCUUGCAGGGCUCUUGCGGUCUGCCAAAACGAUGCGUCUGGAUGUUCACGUUUGACAACAAGGGGGUAUUGUGAUAGUAUAGCAACCGGCAAAAGGAAAGCCCAAUGGAGUAGCUGGGAAUCGAACCCAGAACCUUCUCCACUCAGUAAUGCUCACAGAGCAAUGCUAAGAAGAUGUCAUACCACUAGACCACAACCCCUUGAUGUGUCGGGUUCGAGUAGGCACGUUCAUGAAUUUCGAGUUGUGCGUCGGCGCCCGAAGUUCAGCCAUCUUCCAGACUCGUGGUCGAUAAG